CUUCUUUGUGAACCCACACCACCACAUCUUUCACUUAACCACUCUCUCAACUGUGAAGUGAUAGAAAACAUUUCGUCUCAUCCGUUGCUUCCCGAAGCUCGCCGCGAAAUGGCCGAAACACAGACCAAAAUCCGGUUCGGAGUGAUCGGGUGCGCCGACAUAGCACGCAAGGUCUCACGCGCCAUCUCACUCGCUCCCAACGCGUCACUCUACGCCGUCGGAAGCCGCUCCCUCGACAAGGCGCGCGCCUUCGCGGCGGCGAAUGGCUUCCCUGACGGCGCUAAGGUGUACGGCUCCUACGAGGCGGUGCUCGAUGACCCCGAGGUAGACGCCGUCUACAUGCCGUUACCGACGAGCCUGCACGUGCGGUGGGCCACGCUGGCGGCUCGCAAGGGGAAGCACGUACUGCUGGAGAAGCCGGUGGCUCUCGGCGCUGCGGAGUUUGAUGAGAUUGUGGCGGCGUGUGAAUCUAGUGGGGUGCAGCUCAUGGAUGGUACCAUGUGGAUGCACAAUCCAAGAACCGCUUCUAUGAAGGAUUUCCUCUCCGAUGCGCACCGUUUUGGUCAGCUCAAAUCGAUUCACACCUGUUUUACAUUUGCUGCUGAUGCUGAUUUUCUUGAGAAUGAUAUUCGCGUGAAGCCAGAUCUGGAUUCUCUUGGCUGUCUAGGUGAUGCAGGGUGGUAUUGUAUUAGGGCAAUUCUGUUGGCUGCCAACUUUGAAUUACCUAAAACUGCAACAGCCUCACGGGGGCCUGUGCUUAAUCAAGCCGGGGUUCUAUUGUCGUGCGGGGCUUCUUUACACUGGGAAGAUGGAAAAGUAGCAACCUUCCAUUGCUCUUUCUUGUCAAACUUGACAAUGGAUAUAACUGCUGUUGGGACUAAAGGAACUCUACAUGUUCAUGACUUUAUUAUCCCUUACGAAGAGAAGGAGGCGUCAUUUUAUGCAUCUUCAGAAUCAAGCUUUGAUGAUCUUGUGACAAGGUGGUCUUCCCCGCCAAGCAAGCACACAAUAAAAACUGAUCUCCCUCAGGAGGCUCUUAUGGUAAGUGAAUUUGCCCGGUUGGUGGCGGAAAUCAAAUUCAACAACUCGAAACCUGAGAAGAAGUGGCCAACAAUUAGUAGGAAAACACAGCUGGUAUUGGAUGCUGUGAAGGCCUCAAUUGAAAGGGGCCUUGAGCCUGUUCAGAUUCAGGAGUGAAGGUGUAUCUGUACUAUGCUGAAUUCAAAUCUUUGUCUUGUAAGUGCAUGACAAAUAAAAAUGUGUUAUUAUUUUGUAUGUAUUUUGAAGCAAUUCAUUGCUGCUAUACAGGGUCUGUAUCACAAUGAACUCAUGUCCUACCGUAUCAUAUCCUAUUUAUUACUUUUUCAUCUUCUUAAA